AUGAGACAGUUAUCACUUUGUAAGCUCAAAGGGAAGUCUGUCUCCACACCUGUAGCAGCCCAAAUGACUUCAAAGUCUUGUUGCAAAGGGGAGAAAGAGACUGAUGACCCAAAAAACUGCAAAAAGAGAAGAGCCUUGGAUUUCUUGAGCAGAUUGCUUGUACCUCCACCUGUUAGUCCCAUUUGUACAUUUGUUUCUCCAGCUGCACAUAAGGCAUUUCAGCCACCACGGAGUUGUGGCACCAAAUAUGAAACACCUAUGAAGAAAAAAGAAUUGAAUUCUCCUCAGAUGACUCCACUUAAAAAAUGUAAUGACAUCUCUCUUUUGGGAGGUGAUUCAAUAGCCGAUGAAGAACUUGCCCUGAUAAAUACCCAAGCCCUUUUGUCUGGUUCAGCAGGAGAAAAUCAACGUACAUCUAUCAGUGAGUCCACUAGUCCAAAAGAUCAUCUCGGACUGAAAAGGCCUUACACUGCAUCUGUGAUCAAAGAACAAGGGAAUUCCCCAGCCAGGACUGAAGAACAGAAGACUAAUACGCAGGACACAAGUACAAUAAAAAAUAUACCCAAGAGACUGCAAAGGCGACAAAAACCAAAAUGA